UGCUUCGCAGAGCAAUACAAAUGUUAUGUGCAACAUUAGGCAAAGCUGACCAUUAAUUAAACAUUUUCAUUCCCUUCUCUUGACAAUGAUACAAAAUGUUAACAUUAACAUUGUGAUUGCUUACAAAUAAUGAAUCAGUGACAACAAUCUAACUGAAAAUUAGACGAUUUCAUACUUUGCUUUGUUUUUGUUUUGCAUUUUCAUGUUAAAAUGUUAUUCCCCAGCAAAUCCGGUUGCACAUUAAUGUUGACUUGAACCUCUACAUUUCUCAUGGUUUUAAAUCAUGUUUCCAAUCGUUUAUCGUGGCUAUUCAGGAAUCCGUAAGGUUACAUCUGAAAGAUGCCCUGAUCCGCGAAUAUCACAACAACGAAUCAUUUUGGACAGUCAUAUAACUGGAGAAACACAGUUAACCAAUGUUGAUUUUGUGCCUUCGUUUUGCAAAAAGCUCAAAGAAACAGUAAUUUAUCAUAAUUUCAGUUCCUUGGUGAGUUUAGCCAAUGAUUGGUUAAUUAGCCAUCCAUGCUGGGAAAUAAUCAACUGUGAAACUGUUACCCAAUAUGUUCAUCAAGUUCAUGAUUCAGUCGAUUACUCAGCUGUAAUAAACAUUUUACGCAUUUGGAUUAAACGUCGACCCAAUGAACCCUACUUGGUAUCCAGAGAGCCUCUUCUCUGGUAUAAAGAUUUUGCUCCUGAUCAGAGGUCGGGUUACAGUCGAUUUUGAACCCUUGGGACAGAGUCAUUGACAAGAUAAACAAGGCGAUUUCUCGAGGGUCGGAUAAAUGGUAAAAUUGUUCAAAUGGAGACUCUAAAGGUUCCAGCAACCGAUGAUUGGACCUUCAAGUCAGAGGCAACCUACUGCAAUGACGGUCGAACCACUAGGGACAUUGAACGAUACCAAAACUAUGUCAUCUUGAUACGUGUUUUUUACCUUGCUGGACCUCUUUUUGACCAUGAAGUGGUUCUCGCUGAUUUUGUACCCUUCGACCUUUCCUCGGAAACAUUUGCCAGGCGAAAUGGGGAAAAGUUUUCUUCAAUGAUCUCAAGAGCAGCUCUCUGGCUUAGGGAAAACACUGAACUAUCACUGGUAAAUGCUCAAGCUGUUGACAUUCAUGUUCCAGAUCCCGAUGCUGAAACGAUUGAGACGAGAAUCACUUGGAAAAGAAAGGAAAGGAAUGAUAAAGAAAUCCGAUUUCUUCGCAUUUAUUGUACAAAACGAAAUGAAGUUUCCAAAUUGUUUCUCAAUUAUGAAUCUCUGUCAGUCUCAAGCCUUGAAUAUAAACUGUAUUUAACUGCAAUUGCCUUUAAUGUGAAAAGUUUCCAGCAAGAUGUCAAUGAAUGGUUCGUUGACUUGGCUCAGCGAAACAAUGGAAUCAAACCUCGAAUUGUUAACAUUGAAACUUGUGUGGUUCCACCCUUUGUCAAUGAUCAGACUGGCAAAUCAUUUCAACAUGCAGUUGAUGAGACACAUUCUUGUAACCAAAUGGACGGUCGAUUCAAGUAUUCAUUUGUUACAAUCAGAAUCUAUUACGAUGAAUCGGGACUGGAAACGGGAGACUUUCAAAUAACUCGAUUACCAUGAGACUUUGCUUUCCAUUUCAAUAUUUCUUCAAAAUUUGCAUUUCAAUUUCAUCUGAAGCAAAACUCAAAAACAAUUAAGCACAACAUCAUUUAUUUAUUUAGCGAUCUUUCAUUGCUCCGGUUGCAACUGCAAUUCAUUUUCAUCGACCUUUUCGAACUCAUUCACAUUACUUUUUGGGUGUUUUUCCUCGAACUUUUGGAUAUAUUUGAACAUUUCCUUCGGAGCUAUGUUUAUCAUGAUUUGCAUGAGAUUGAGAACCUUGCUCGAUCCAAACUCUCGACAGUUCAGACUCUUACUCUGCCUUUAUUUCUUAUGAUGAUGCCUUUGAGCUUGAAUGUCUUUUUUACCCUUUGUGUGCUCUAUUUUACCUUGAAAG